GCCGAGCCCAGGCCGGAGGGGAGUGCCCUGCCCUGCCCUGCUUUGCCCUGCACCUCACGCACGCACGCACCCAGAGGCCAGCAGAGGAUGUCAGCAUAUGUGUGCCAAACCAUCCAACCUUCACUGCAGCCAGAGGCUUGUCCUCAUCUUUUGCUCAUGAGUGACAGGGGUGACAUUGCAGGUGGGCGGUCCAGGAGUCCUCGAUGAAUUCUAUUGUGAUUCUUUAAGGAAUCUUCACGAGAAGUCCCCAGGUUGCAGUUCCCUUGAGACGGGAAGGCUCGGACUUCAAGAUGCUUAUAAAGGAAUAUCGCAUUCCUCUUCCAAUGAGUGUGGAGGAGUAUCGCAUCGCCCAGCUGUACAUGAUCCAGAAAAAGAGCCGUGAGGAGACGUGUGGCGAAGGCAGCGGGGUAGAGAUCCUGGAAAACCGGCCGUACACCGAUGGGCCGGGGGGCGCUGGCCAGUACACGCACAAGGUGUACCAUAUUGGUAUGCACAUCCCCAGCUGGUUCCGCUCUAUCCUGCCCAAGGCAGCCUUGCGGGUAGAAGAGGAAUCCUGGAAUGCUUACCCCUACACCAGGACGAGGUAUACGUGCCCUUUUGUGGAGAAGUUCUCCAUUGACAUUGAAACUUUUUAUAAACCCGACGCAGGAGACAGUGCCAACGUGUUCAACCUCUCUCCUAUGGAAAAGAGACAGACCACACUGGAUCCCAUUGAUAUCGUCAAAGACCCCAUCCCUCCCAAUGAGUACAAGUUGGAGGAGGACCCUCGGCUCUUUCGGUCAGUCAAGACGAAGAGGGGCCCGCUAUCUGAGGACUGGAUCGAGGAGUGCCUCCGCCACCCCAGCCACUUGCCCAUCAUGUGCGCAUACAAGCUGUGUAAGGUGGAGUUUCGCUACUGGGGCAUGCAGUCCAAGAUCGAGAGGUUCAUUCACGAUGUUGGUCUUCGGAAGGUGAUGGUGAGGGCCCACCGACAGGCCUGGUGCUGGCAGGAUGAAUGGUGCGGUCUGACCAUUGAGGACAUCCGGGAGCUAGAGAAAGAGGCGCAGCUGAUGCUAUCCCGCAAAAUGGCGCAGUACAUGGAUGGCGAUGGGCAUGGGCCCCAGGAGCCCCCCAGUGAGGAGAAGGAAGAGGAGAAUGCCUUGAGGGAGGCCCCAGAGCCCCCCAGCAGCAACGGGGAGGCCCCCAAGGGGAGAGGCCUAACGAAGCAGUGGUCCACGUCCUCCAAGUCUUCCCGGUCAUCCAAACGAGGAGGGAGCCCUUCUUGCCAAAGCAUCUCGGAGUGGAGAAUGCAGAGCAUAGCCAGGGACUCAGAUGACAGCUCAGAUGACGAGUUCUUCGAUGCUCAUGAGGACCUGUCUGACAAUGAGGAGCCAUUCCCCAAGGAAAUCACUAAAUGGAGCUCAGAUGACCUUAUGGACAAGAUCGAAACCCCUGAAUCAGAUGCGCCUGUGCUCACCGCUCCCCCAUGGACAGAGUUGCGUGAGGUUACAAGUCCGGCAGUCCUUGACAAUCUGUACACUGAGCCAACAGCCAAUGAAUAUUCGGAAGCCAGCAAUGAGGAGCAACUGAACCUUGCCGAGGAUGAGGCUAGCCCUCCGCUGGUGCAGCCCUCUAAGAUUCACGUCUUGCUGCUGGUGCUACAUGGUGGAAACAUCCUGGACACAGGGGCUGGUGACCAGAGCUCGAAACAGGGCGAUGUCAACACCAUCGCCACAGCUUUUGACACAGUCAUGCGCGUGCACUACCCUGCUGCCCUCGGCCGUAUCACCAUCAAGCUGGUGCCCUGCCCACCUAUCUGCUCUGAAGCUUUUUCCCUCGUCUCCAACCUAAGCCCCUACAGCUAUGACGAAGGCUGCCUCUCCAACAGCCAGGACCACAUCCCACUUGCAGCCCUGCCCCUGCUGGCAACCUCGUCACCCCAGUACCAGGAGGCAGUUGCCAUGGUGAUUCAGCGGGCUAAUCACGCCUACAAUGAAUUCCUCAAGUCUCAGGAUGGCAUGACCUUCAAUGGGCAGGUCUGCCUGAUAGGGGACUGUGUCGGAGGGAUCCUAGCAUUCGAUGCCUUAUGCUACAGCAACCAAACUGUCUCGGAAAGUCAGAACAGCAGCCGCCGGGGAAGUGUGGUGAGCGUACAGGACACUGACCUCCUGUCCCCCGGGAUCCUGGUGAACAACACACACUGCGCCGGGGGUAGCAGCAGCGGCGGAGGUGGCAGCGGCAAUGCUGGUGGUGGCGGCGGCGGCAGCGUCAGCUCUAGUGGUGGGGGUGGCGGUGGCAGUGGCGGCGGCAGCGGCAGCGGCAGCUCCAACCUGGAAAGUAGCCGUCAUCUGAGCCGAAGCAACAUUGACAUCCCCCGCAGCAAUGGAGGCGAGGACCCCAAGAAGCAGCUGCCCAGAAAGAGGAGUGAUUCGUCCACUUAUGAAGUGGACACUAUAAAACAGCAUCAGGCCUUUCUCUCCAGUCUACACUCCAGCGUGUUGCGGAAUGACCCCAGCUCCCGUCGCUCAAGCAGCUCCACCAUGCUGGAUGGAACUGGAAGCCUUGGAAAGUUUGAAUUUGAGAUCUCAGACUUCUUCCUCUUUGGCUCCCCCUUGGGGCUGGUUCUGGCCCUAAGGAAGACGGUCAUCCCCACCCUGGAUGUCUUUCAGCUUCGGCCCGCCUGCCAGCAAGUGUAUAACCUCUUCCAUCCUGCGGACCCCUCGGCCUCCCGUCUUGAACCUCUCUUGGAGAAGAGGUUCCAUGCCCUGCCCCCUUUCAACAUCCCCCGCUACCAACGCUUCCCCCUGGGCGAUGGCUGCUCAACCUUGCUGGUCGAGACAGUACAGAACAACCCUGUGCUACUCCUGGAGGGCGGCCCCCUGGCUACCCUCCAGCACCAGGACAGCUUCAUGGAAACCAGUAUCCCCGUUCCCGUGCUGAGCUGCCAAGAUGGGUCCAGGAAAAGUUCUGGCUGUGCUGAGUCGGAUAUCAUCCAGUCCCACAAUGCUGUCUUCAUGGAGAACGCAUCCCCUUCCUCUCCUGGUACGGCCCCCACUUUCCGUGGCUUCCGCCGGGCCAGUGAGGUCAGCAUCACCAGCCAGGUGUCUGGCAUGGCAGACAGCUACACUGCCUCCAAUAUCGCCAACAAGACCCCAUCGGCCCUCAGUCACACCCCCAGUGUCAGGCGCCUGUCCCUGCUUGCCCUCCCCCAGCAGCCCCCAGCCACCUCGGUGUCCCAGAGGCUCAGGCCUCAGCCAGGGGAGCUGCCCCUCAGCCCUGUAAGAGAGAGGUUGACGGGGGAUCUGAGUCCAAGCCUGGACCAAGUCCCCAAUCUGGACAUCGGAGAAGUUGCCGCCAAAUGGUGGGGAACAAAGCGGAUCGACUAUGCCCUAUACUGUCCGGAUGCCCUCACUGCUUUCCCCACCGUGGCUCUCCCCCACCUCUUCCACGCCAGCUACUGGGAAUCCACCGAUGUAGUCUCCUUCCUGCUGAGACAGGUCAUGAGGCAUGAAAACGCUAGUAUCUUGGAGCUGGACGGCAAGGAAGUAUCCGUGUUCACCCCCUCAAAGCCCCGGGAAAAGUGGCAGAGGAAAAGAACCCACGUAAAGCUGCGGAAUGUUGCUGCUAAUCACAGGAUCAAUGAUGCUGUAGCCAAUGAGGACGGUCCUCAGACCCUGACGGGCAGGUUCAUGUAUGGGCCCUUAGACAUGGUCACCCUGACAGGGGAGAAGGUGGACAUCCACAUCAUGACGCAGCCGCCAUCCGGGGAGUGGGUCCACUUUGACACGCUCGUCACCAACAGCAGUGGGCGAAUCUCCUACACCAUCCCUGAGGAGCAGCGUCUGGGCGUCGGUGUCUACCCCAUCAAGAUGGUGGUCAGGGGGGACCACACAUUCGCAGACAGCUACAUCACCGUCCUACCCAAGGGGACAGAGUUUGUAGUCUUCAGCAUUGAUGGUUCCUUUGCCGCCAGCGUCUCCAUCAUGGGCAGUGACCCCAAGGUGCGAGCAGGUGCUGUGGAUGUAGUAAGACACUGGCAGGACCUCGGCUACCUCAUCAUCUACGUGACAGGAAGGCCCGACAUGCAGAAGCAGCGGGUAGUAGCCUGGCUGGCACAGCACAACUUUCCCCACGGGAUCGUCUCCUUCUGCGACGGCCUCGUGCAUGACCCUCUGCGACAUAAGGCCAACUUCCUGAAGUUCCUCAUCACAGAGCUGCAUAUGCGGGUGCACGCCGCCUAUGGCUCCACCAAGGACAUCUCCGUCUACAGCUCCAUCAGCCUGUCCCCCAUGCAGACCUACAUUGUUGGCCGUCCCACCAAGAAGCUGCAGCAUCAAUGCCAGUUCAUCACCGAAGGCUACGCCGCCCACCUCGCUCAGCUCAAGUACAACCACCGAGCCAGGCCGGCCAAGAACAGCACCAGGAUGGCUCUGCGCAAAGGCAGCUUUGGCCUCCCUGGCCAAGGCGACUUCCUCCGCAAACGGAACCACCUCUUGCGCACCAUCUCCUCCCAGCCCGCUGGGCCCAGCCACAAGCAUGAGCGGACGCAAAGCCAGUCGGACAGCGAGCGGGAGCGCGAGCGGGAGAGGGGUCAGCGGAGCAUGAGCGUGGCUACAGGUUGCUGGGGCCGCCGGCCAGAGCUGGGGGCCCCCCCAGGGCCCAAGUAGAGGUGCCCGCCUCCCCGCGCCCCCCCCCAGGAGCCGGCCCUGGAGCGGCCCCAGAGUGGGAGGUGUCACCAUGGUGCUAGGAGGCAAGGGGGACAGAGCCACGCAGGCUGUGGGUCCCGGGCAGGCAGGUGGGUGCCAGCCUGCCAGUGGACUGAGGCCAGAGCUGAAGCUGGGAGGCCUUGGACCCCAUCCCAGGCCCCUCCCCGGGGGCACUCUUGGCUCGGGCCUCGGGCAUUUUGCUGCUUCUGCCACAGACAAGCACAGGACAUGGCCUGUCUCUGCUCCCAGGGAUGGGAGACACCAAGCAGUGACUCUGGUCCCCUUCUGACCCAGGGGGCUUUCCAGACAGCCCCCCACGGUGAGGCUCGGCCAGCCUCCUCUAACCACACCUUGCCCAGGAAGCAGGGCUCGAUCCUGACCUGCAGGGAGAAGGGAUCCCCCAAUCCUCUGCCAUGAAGGCAGGGGCACAGCAAGGCGGGAGGCGGGGACACCGUCCCCCAAAGAGACUUCUCAGCGGGGCUGCGUUCCCGACGUUCUGGAGUUCGGGGUCUUUGGUUCUCUCAGCAGCUGGCGGCAUCCUGCAUUUGCCGACAAAUGCAAGGAAAUCACACCCUCUCCCUCCCCCAUUGCUGGGGGCACACAGGGCUCGCCAUCUCAGCCCAAGAAGAGACCAUCCCACCUGCUGCUCUCUGCCCCGCCCCCACCGCCAUGUAUAGUCUCACCAAAACCCCUGCAGCUCAUUCACCCCUGAGCACUGGAGAUGAUCCAGCUAUGUGCAUUCUCUGUAAUCCAAGUGCAGGGUUGGAGGCGUCCCCCGUCCUCCCCCCCCCCCCCCCCCCGCAUCCAUUUUCCCCAGCCCCCUUCUCCCCGAGUUCUCUCCAGACACAGUAGCAGCUUCCUGGGAGUUCGACCUGCUUCUUUUAACUCCUCACUCAACUGUAAAACCUCAUCGUUUUUUGCACUGAUGAUCUUUAGGAUGGAGACCUGUUACCAUCUCAUGUGGCUACACAUCACCGUUGGUAGUGCAUGAUCAUUAAAUAUUUUGCUGAUCCAGGAUAGAGUUCUGUGCAGGUUUGUUUGGGUUUGUUACUUUGGAUUUUUUUUGUUGUUUUUUGGACAGUAAGGUGACCCAAAUGUAUAGCAAGUAUGUUGUACAAAGCUUAAGGAAAAGGCCAUAUCUUUAUUUCUGCAGCUCUUCCUAUCACCAAGGCCCCAGGCCAGCCAACUAGUCACCCCCACCCCAGCUCCCUGCCCUCUCCUCUGCCGGCCUGCCUUGCCUAGCUCUUUGCAUCUCUCAUUUCUCUCUCACCAGUGAGGAGUGAGCAGAGGCAGGGAGGAGGGCGGGGGAGCCCCUUGGGUCCAGACCAGCCAUGAGCCUGGCAUCUCCUGCUUGGGCACCUGCCCCGAGCAGCAAGCCAGGGUCUGGGCACCUGAGGCCCCCAACACCCGCCUCUAGGCCAGAGAGCAGAGAGCUAAGGGAUGGGAGUUCGAGGUGGGGAGGAGGGGAAGGGGGCAGCUGGACACAGGUUUUCCUCUCUCUCUGAAACCAGAUUAUUGGCCAAGCCCCCGGUUUCCACACCGCUCCUGAUGCUGCUGCUGCCGCCCACUGCAGUGCAUUAUAUUUCUAUUCCUUUCUACGUCAGUGAUUUGAUUUCUAAAAGGGUUGGGUUGUUCGGUCUUUUUUUCUUUUUUAAAGGAAAAAACUUGGCUGCUUUUAGCUUUCUUAACUCUUUCAACACCCAGGGCAGCCCUCUCUGCUUUGUGAAAACCUUGCACUGUGAAAGCAGCCCGCUUUGGGGGCUCUGGGUCCUGCCACCGUCUCCCAGGCCUAGGUAUGCCCCGACUGUCUCCUGGCGAUUGGAACCUUGCCCCAGAGGAUUUCCUCACUCCUAUUUCCAAACUCUCACUGAAUUUCUACUCUCUCAACGGGGCUUUAGGGGCAGGUGGGAGGGGCACAUACAGAUUUUUAAAACGCAAACUGUUUUGAAGCGAAAAUUUGGACUGUCAGGUCCUUCAUAUCUCCCCCCGGCCAAUCACCAACCACCCCUGCAGCACCUGCGCCACUUUCUACUGAUGGAAUCGGACUUCCCCUUUCUAACUAAUCAACUUUUUCGACGUGUUGCCUUGAUCUCACCUCCACCAGGCCACUGGCGCCCACGUGGAUUCUUCUUGAGCUUUGCCAUUUAUUUCAGCGGCCGACAGAGAAGGCCACCUUCAGCCGGAGGAGCUCACCAAGCUGAGAACCGGGUUCUUGGGAAAGAAUUCAUCAAACAUGGGGAUAUGGCCUUUGUCCAGUGCCCAGUCACCCAGUGGGGCUGGCUGGGCCGUUCUGUACAUUUUGUUUGGGGGUGGGGGGAGGGUAUGAAAAGAUGCUGACAUUUUCUCUUGUGUAGAUAUUGUAAAGAGGAAAAAAAGUAUCCUGUAAAUGUUCAGAAAAGUGGGUAUAUACAGAGUGAAAGUUAUUUAUUUUGUGUAGGGAAAAUGUCUGGAGGGAAGAGAACCUUCAGGGCUUAUUAAUAUUUAAGAUGUAGCUUUCUUUUGUUGUUUCAGGCAUUAUGUACAAAGCAAUUGUUUUAUGGACCAAGUCCAAUGUGACCUGUCUCUGAAGAAUGCAAUAUCUGACUCGCCCCGCCCCUCACCACCGCCACCUCCCUUCCCCUUCAGUGGGAAAAAUACGCUCAGCCUGACAAUCACAGCCUUGGGGAGGGGGGGACACACACACAUGCCCCCUGCUCUGCUCCUCCCUCAGACCAUCUCCAAUAGUCCAGGGGGAGGAAGCCUUCUCGAGCUGAGUCUCAGACCCUGAUUGCAACAACGGUGGCCAGAGGAGACUGCCAUGAGCCCGUGCCAGCCUUUGACUGGCCCCUCUCCUCCUGACUCGGCCACAGCCAUUGCUCCCAAGGCUGUGCCUACCUUCUGUCAUCAGCUCUGCCGCAAACUCAGCCUUGAAGGCUCCCCCCGCCCCUGCCCCCACCCAACUAAGCCAAGGACAAGAGCAAUAGCGCAAGCCUCCAUCUGUCUCGGCCUCAUCAGUCUCGAUCCCCGUUUUCUCUGUGUAGCAAUUUGUCCGGCGUGAACGCACAGGCCGGAACCAGGCCCCUCAGCAAACAUUUGUAAAUGUUUUCUCACCAGAAUUAGAGAGCCCUCCCCUUCCUCCUUUCCACAUGAGGUAUAUUUGCUGUUGAUAAAGCUUGGUUUUUUUUUUUUGGAAACACUUAUUUUUUAAAUACCAAAAAAAACAAUGUUUACAGCAUCAGAAGACAACCAGUCAUAACCAAAAACCCUACUAAGCACCGCAUCUUCCCCAAGCAGGGAAGCAGCCCCUUCCCACACCAAUCAUCAAGCGACUCCGCCUCUGCUGCCCAAGUAUGUCUAGAAGCCUUACUCCCCUUCUCUUCUUCCUCCUCGUAGGAAACCUCACCCAGGACCUACUGGUAUUCCCAAGUGUUGAUUUUACAUUCAAUCAUCGCCAUCCCAUUUUAUUUAUAAAGAAGCGUUUCUUAGGGACGCAGCUAAAAAAUAAAACUCCUUCCAGGCUUGGUCCGAAAGGCCCACCCCCUCGGGGGUGCCCCUGGCUCAGAAGCCAGUCUGCCACGUCCCAGUUUCGUCUCUUCGAUUCUGUCUGUGUGUCAGCAUCUCUUGGCUUGUUUGUGAGAGACCAUCCACUUACUUCUCCUUGCUGUCUGUCAGUGCGUUGUUCGAUGCCUGGGUGUGUAUACUCUGUACACAGUAUCACUGUAUGUUACAUGAAUAAAGGGAAGGCUUCUUUCCUGA